CCAACGGAACCCCAUUCCACAAUGAUGACGCGUCAAUAUCACGUUUGAUAGACUGCUCUUUUUCCCGACGUAACGGUUCGUCCCGCUCCUUCCAUUUCCCUCCCUCAAUUCAUCAAAGUCAAGCGUUACUUUGUGCCUUAACCUUUUCUCUUGCUCUAGAGCUUUACUUCGAGUAUCAAAACUCAAUUCCAUAUACACACUGUACAUACUAUUUCAAAACUCACUCCAUCACCCAACACCCAUCAUUCCCACCUCCGGUGGCCGCAUUUCCUAGUACUUUCCCCGUCGCGAUGUAUAACAAUCAGAACGAUCGCAUCGCCAGCGUUGAAACAACUUGCGGAUUCUUGCUAGUGGAAUUGCAGAACAUGUGGGACGAAGUGGGAGAGAAUGACGUUCGAAGGGAUAAAGUGUUGUUCGAAAUUGAAGAAGAGUGCCUGGAGGUGUAUAGGAGAAAAGUUAAUGAGGCUGACAAAUGUAGAUCUGAAUUGCAACGUGAAAUUGCUUUCGUUGAAGCGGAAAUUGAGGGUAUCUGCUCUGCAUUGAGUGAGCAACCAGUAAAAUAUGAGCAGAAGGCGAGUGCAAAGUUAAAAGAAAAGCUUCACAUCAUUUUUCCAGUGUUGGAGGAAUUGCGGAAGAGAAAAGCACAGAGGAAAAAGCAAUUCCUUGAAGUUCUAGAUGAACUAAAGAACAUUUCAAAAGAGAUUUUCGGUUCUACUACAGAAGAUAAUCUGUACGAGAAGGUUUUGGACGAGGACGACUUGUCCCUCAGAAGACUAAAAGAGUUGCAGAAUCACUUACGCGAGCUUCAGAAUGAGAUGAGCAAUCGUUUGAAGCAAGUACUGUGUCUUUUGGACACUCUGAGCUCCCUCUGUGGGGUUCUUGGUGUGGAUUUCAAACACAAAAUACAUGAGAUCCAUCCAACUUUGGAUGAUUCUGAAGGAUUGAAAGACAUGACCAACGAUACAAUUGAGAGGUUGACUUCUGCAAUGCGAGGUUUCCGAGAUUUGAAGAUACAGAGAAUGCAGAGGCUUCAAGGUCUUGGAACUGCCCUUCUGGAGCUUUGGGAUUUGAUGGACACUCCAAUUGAGGAGCAACAAAUGUUUCAGAACGUUACCAGUUUUAUUGCUGCUUCAGAACCCCAAGCUACGGAGCCUAAUAUGCUUUCCACGGACUUCAUUAACCAUGUUGAGGAUGAAGUCUCAAGGCUCAAGCAGCUCAAAUCAAGUAAAGUUAAAGAGAUUAUUCUAAAGAAGAGGCUGGAACUAGAAGAGUUAUGCAGGAACGCACACAUGGUAACAGAAUCACUUACUGCAGCAGAAUAUUCGAUUGAGGCUGUAACAUCUGGAGUGGAUCCUGUGCAUCUACUAGAAGAGAUUGAAUUUGAAAUUGUAAAGGUUAAAGAAGAAGCUUAUAGGAGGAAGGAAAUACUCAACAAGGUGGAGAAAUGGUUUGCUGCAUGUGAAGAAGAGUGCUGGCUUGAGGAGUAUAACAGGGAUGAAAAUCGUUAUAAUGCUGGAAGAGGUGCGCAUCUUACCUUGAAACAUGCAGAGAAAGCUCGUACAGUUGUUAACAAAAUCCCUGCAAUGGUGGAGGCAUUGACUUCAAAAACCAAAGUUUGGGAGAAAGAACAAGGAAUUCAGUUCUUAUAUGAUGGUGAACGACUUCUGUCUGGACUGGAACAGUACAGCAACCUAAGGAAAGUGAAGGAACAAGAAAAGAUAAGACAAAGAGACCAGAAGAGGCUUCAGGUGCAGCUGAUGGCAGAGCAGGAAGCACUUCUUGGGGCAAAAUCCGGUCCAUCAAAGAGUGGAAGGAAGGCUUCUAGAACUUCAGUUGGAUUUGCAAGUAACAGGAAACUCUCCCUUGGUGGAGCAAUGCUUCAGAACACUAAAGCGGAAAAAUCAUCUCCACACAUGCAUCUAAAUAAGAAGGGUGAUUAUUUCAGCCAAAAUAGCUACUUGGGUUCCCAGCAAAUUUGUGAUUUUGCAACUCAUACCUCUGGUAGAAGAAACUCAGAGAUUGGUGGUCAUUUCGUAAAGAAGCAGUCUUCUGCAAAGGCGUGUCCAAAUGAAUUGCGCUUGAUCAGAAAGCCUCUCUCGCCAAUUCCUGUAACGAUGUCUUCUCAGGCCAACAUAGCAAAUUUCCCAGCAGAUAAGGCAGGAUUGCAAGAUACUUUUACUAAGAAACCAUUGGGGACACCUACCAAAUCGAUCUCUGGUGGAGAUGAAGAGAACGGAACCCCAAAGACACUUCCAAUUCUGGUGCCAACAACUCCAACAACGACUUCGGCUUCUAUGCUGAUGGCCUUAACACCGACUACACCUUAUGUUUCUUCUGCAGCUAUAAUAGCAAAAAAGGUUGUGAAGCAAAAUGAAUACUCUUUUGAGGAGCUAAGAGCUGGAUUUAUCUGUCCAGAAUCACAACUAUAAUCAUUGUUGCAAGUUUGACAUGUCAGUAACUUGAAAAGAAUUUCAAACUGCUGUUUUGAAUUUUGUCCGCGAUCUGUUAUGAGGUCAAAUUCAAUCCACUUGCUAGUUUUCUACACUCAGCACACGAACAAGGAACGUGUUGUGGGGUUCAUUUCACCAUUUCACAAAGGGGUGGGUCCAGUUCUUUUGGAAAUGAAAUGAUUGAAUACUAGAUUAGAAGUUGGCACUUGUGUUUCGGAGAAAAAGAAUGAUGCUUCAUAUUAAAUUGUGAUUGCCUUCUAUCAACUUUUUGUAUUAUAUAAAAUAUACUAAUGGCUGCCUUGUGCACAUUCGAGUUCAUUGGAGGUGAGGGGACUACAUGGGGACGAGAGAUUUUUAGUUAAUGUUUCUUGCAAUCAAAAUGUCGGGCCCAUUGAAAUACUUGAUGUGGGACCGGUUGGCAUGUGCAUCCUCGGACAAUUGUAACGACUCAUCUACCAACCCAGAAUUUUUCUGACUGCUUUGCAUGGGAAGGGAAGAACCUUUUGGUCAACACCCCCUCUGCCUGCCAAUGGCGCUUUUGCAGGCAUGGUAGAUCACCUGUGACUGUAAUCUUCUUUUUCUUCUUUUAAAAACCUUCCCAUGGUACAUCA